UUUGGUUUGGUUAUUCAAAGUAUAACACGUGUUAUUGUCAAAAUAUAAUUCUUUUUACAUAUAAUUUGUACGUUCAUGUGUUAUUAAUGCAUGGGGCAUAUCAUACCGAGUGUAAUCGCCAGAAACAUUAGUCCUUCGCGAGUCGAACGACAAAAUGCAGAUGAAAUUAAAUGCACGUCGACAGUCUACAAAUAUCGAAGUAAUAGAUGUAGACGAUUUAGUUCUUACGAGAAAAGGUGGAGGUAGUAUAAUUGAUCAACGACCACUCUUUUCUCACGAUGGAGAAACACUGUAUAUAGUAUGGAAACAUGUUGUGAGAGCUUAUAGCACACAAACUGGAGAUUUUGUAAGAGAAUUAGAACCAGCAAAUCAUCGAAUAGCAGGAUUAAUUGUACACCCUGAGAGUUCUAACAGUGUCAUUGCUUGUACAGAAAAUGGGGAAUUAAAUUUUUGGAGUUGUCAAAGCGGCAUUAUCACUAAAAAAUUAAAAUUAAAAUUCCAAGAAGAUCCAAGAGUAAAAACUUUUCAUAUUGUGAAUUUUAAGAAUCAAAAAGGGAUUGAGUUACGCCAAGUACUUGUAACUUAUAUUUCCAAGUGUAAUACAAAAAUUUAUGUAGCACUAUUUGAUCUAGAUACUGGAAUUUGUACAAAAUCUACUUGUAUAUCAAUUGACUCUCAUGAAUAUUAUGUUGAUAUUAUUGGUAAUCAUGGGGAGAAUUUGAUAGCUAUUCUUCAUGAUGUAGAUUUACACAUAUUAAAUCCAUCAAGGAAUCUUAUUGAUAAACAACACAAAACAGGAAAAACAGGUAGGAUACCAACAUGUAUUGCUGGACAUCCAGAAGAAGAAUGUGUUGCCACAGGAGAUUCAUCUGGCCGUGUAGUAGUAUGGAAGAGUUUGUUUCAAACCAGACCUUAUACAGGAGUUUAUCACUGGCACACAUUACCAGUGACAGAAAUAGCUUUCAGUAAAUCAGGUGGUCAUAUGUAUACUGGUGGAGGAGAAUGUGUGCUAGUUAAAUGGGUUUUAGCAAACCCACAGCAGAAAUCUUUUCUUCCUAGGUUACCAGCACCUAUUAAACACCUUACUAUUGCUCCAGACAAUUUAUAUGUUGCUGUUUCCACCUUAGAUAAUGGCAUUGUAGUUGUAAAUCCACAAAAGAAGUUGACAUCUGUCAUACAAAAUUUCACUUGGGGUGUAGCUUUAUCCUCUCAAGAUUUAUUUCCUGCUGGUCUUAUCGUCGACCCACGUACAAAUUGCCUCGUUUUAAAUAGUCGUACUGGGCAUGUUCAAUUUUAUAAUACCCAUACAAAAAAUUUAUUGUACAAUAUAAAUAUUACAGCACAAAAUUUUUUAACCCAAGAACGUAGUUUAAUUAUCGUAAACACGGAAGUUACAAAGAUAGCUUUAAAUCACGAUGGCACGUGGAUGGCAACUGUCGAGGAACGAAAUGAUAAAUUAUCGUGCAUAGAAGUAAGGCUCAAGUUUUGGAUGUUUGAUGUCAAGCAGCAGUUGUUCACAUUGAACACAUCGAUCGAACUUCCUCACGAUGGAGGUAUCAAUGCUUUACAUUUCCAACCGUGCACCUCAUUCGACGAAGACGAACCAUUAGUAAUUACGACUGGUGGUGAUAAGAAAUUCAAAUUGUGGCAUCUCGUUGAAUCGUCAUCGAUGUACAAGAAACCAAAAUAUUGGCAGUGUCAUAGUAUAGGAGAUUAUAGAAAUUUGUCUGUAACGGAUGCUGGAUUCUCGAUAGAUGGUUCAUUAGUUGGUAUUGGUUUUGAUUCUAGCGUAACAAUGUGGACGCCCGAUACCUGCACGUUUAAAUGUAGCCUUACGCAUAGCCAAUAUCAAUAUCCAGUGACACGAAUCGAAUUUGGAAAACAAGAAGCCUGUCACCUCGUAGUAGCAGCUUCUACGCAACAUAUUGCCGUUUGGAAUAUUUUAUCGCUCACUUUAAUAUGGAGCGUACCUUUGAAAGUUGCAACUCUUGCAGCUGAUUCAAAAUCUAUGUACAUGGCCGUUUUUACAACCAAUAACUCGUUGUUUGUAUUUACACCGCAAAGACCAUGUCCCGUUUACACAAGAACGAAUGUCAUUGAAAACAAUUGUUCUAUCUUGGGAGCUACUUUCGUGCCACAUCUGCAGGAGAAGCGGGAUUCGUCUUAUAGACCGUGGCAACGAAAGUCACAACUUUUCUUUUUGGAUUCUAAUCAAGAAUUGUUGACACUGGAACCUGAAUCCGAAGUGACAAUUUUUCUUGAAUCUUUAUCCACAAGUGCUAACGUGCCCGCAACUGCCUUUGGUCGCAUGAUCGCAGCUAAAACUACGUCGACCAAAGAGGCAAUGACUCCGUUCAUGCACGAACAAUUAAGCGUACCGGGGAAAGGAAUGGUGGAAGAACUCCUCAGCGUCUCGGCCCACACUUUACCGCCUAUGAAAAUGCUUUGUUCGUCUUUCAUUGCCUCUUUAUUGGUGUCAUCGACAUCGAAAGCACAGUCAGCGGAUAACAAGCACGAAAGGGACGAGAGGAUGAAUGAUGAAGAGGAGUCAGCGGACGAGAGUGAAGAUGACUUCCCACGACGAAUGAAACCUGAAUCCACACCUGUCGUUGAAAACAAUAUUGCGAAUGAAACAAAAACACAAGUCAUCGACUGUGAUUGGUCUUUCUUAGCGACCAUACUUCCAGACCAGGAAAAUAUCGAACAUUAAUGAUUGAGGAAAUAGACGCCAAAUAUUUUCCC